AUGGUAAAGACAAGGAAUACUAAUUUCGAAGGGCAACAGUCCGAAGAGGAGCACCAGUCCGGGGCCGAGACGGUUGAGGAGACAAACUUGACCGAUAUGGUACGCCAGAUGAAGGAAGAAAUGAUCGCUAUGAAACAGCAGCGAGAGAGAGAUGCCGCCGAGAUGGCCGCAUUGAGAGAAGAGAAUGCUGAUCAGAAAAACCAAUACCGAGACCCCACAUGGAAACCAUCUGAGACGACCCACACUCAGGGGUCGUUCCACUCGCACGGCCAUCACACCUCCAUCCCCCACACUUCUGUUGCUGCCCCAACUGCCCAUGCUACGGGCAGCCGACCGAUACAUCCAUUGCCGGUCGGAGCACAUCGGCAUCCCUUUACUCCAAGUGUUAUGCAGACAACACUCCUUGACCAUUGGAAGUCAUUGCCACUCGAUAAGUAUGAUGGUUCCACCGACCCCGACGAACAUGUCGACAUCUUCUUGACUCAGGUCACCCUCAGUACUACUGACGAUGCUGCCUUGUGCCGAAUUUUCCCAACUUUGUUAAAGGGUCGGGCAUUGAGCUGGUUCACACGACUUCCGGCCAACUCAGUCGACUCCUUCAAUACAUUAGCAUCUCAAUUCACCAUUCAGUUCGCCACCAGCAGGCCUCAUCAGCUGACCUCGCUCUCAUUGAUCCGAGACCUCAACCCUGUUGUAGCUUUGCACCACCUUACCACCGCCUUGAAACCGGGACCUUUCGCCAACAGCAUCUGUAAGAAACCCCCAACUGAUAUGGAUGAUUUGCAUCGGCGCGCCGACAAAUACAUGCAAAUGGAGGAAUUAGCUGAGUUCCGUAAUCAAGCACGGGCAGAGAUAGCCGCCAAAGCCGAUAAGCCAGCCGAGAGCAACUAUCGGAGCCGUCCUAAAGAAAUUUCCCGCGAAAAAUCAGCACGAGGACCAAGGUAUUCUCAUUACACCCCAUUGAACGCCAGUCAAUUUGCUGUCCUAGAUCAGGCACUCGCUUCAGAGGUUUUGGCAGUACCAAAAUGA